AUGUCGACCACUUCAACCAACUUGACCUACCUUGGCAAAGUUCCUACAAAUAUGCGUUUUAUUUACACUUUGAACCUACCGAAUGGUCUUAUCGAGGAUUCCUUGACAAAUGAAGACGCUUAUCCUCACGGUCAUGAUGAAAAAGGUGGAGCCAUGCAUAAUAUAGGAACGCUCUUACUCAACGAG